AUGGGAGGUGUAAUAUCAUCUAUAAUUGGAGGUGGGGGAGAAGAAGCUGUUGCAGGGAAUGAAUAUGAGCAAAGUCGCGUCAUGAAGUUUACCUCAUCGGCUCGGUGGCAGCUUCUCUUCAACGAGAUCAAAGAAUCAUCAAAACUGCUGGUGGUUGACUUCUCCGCAUCCUGGUGUGGACCUUGUAGGAUGAUAGAGCCUGCGUUCAUCGCCAUGGCUGCCAAGUUCACUGAUGUUGAUUUCGUCAAGUUGGAUGUCGAUGAUCUUCGCGAUGUGGCUAAAGAGUUCAAUGUGACGGGGAUGCCAACAUUUGUGCUGGUGAAAAAUGGUAAGGAGAUUGACAGGAUAGUUGGAGCCAGGAAAGAUGAACUUGAGAAGAAAGUUGUCAAACACAGGGCAUAG